AUGGCGGCGGUGGAUUUCUCAAAUAUCUAUUCUGCUACAUACAGCAGCGUUCCAGUAUACGAGUUCAAAAUCAAUGGCGAAAGUGUUAUGCGCCGACGAGGCGAUAAUUGGAUCAAUGCCACACAUAUUCUCAAAGUAGCUGGUUUUGACAAACCGGCGAGAACCCGGAUUCUCGAGCGUGAAGUCCAGAAAGGGACCCAUGAGAAGGUUCAGGGUGGUUAUGGCAAAUACCAGGGAACAUGGAUCCCACUUCCCGAGGGUCGUUCACUCGCCGAGCGCAAUAACAUCAUUGACGGGUUAAGGCCGAUUUUCGACUAUGUAGCAGGGGAUCACACUCCCCCACCCGCACCGAAACAUACUUCCGCCGCCUCAUCGAAACCAAGAGCCUCCAAAAAGAAAGCUGUGAAUGAGCAGGUAUUCAGUGCUGCCAAGCCCAUUCGCAACAUGGGACCACCGAGCUUCCCGCACGAACAAUUCGAGAUCAACCCCGGUUAUGACGAUAACGAAUCGAUUGGGCAGGCGACACUCGAGUCAUCGUCCAUGGUGGCAGAUGAAGAGAUGAUGCCUAUGUCGCAACAUGGUUCUUAUUCUCGAAAGCGCAAGCGUGAAAUGAAUGAAGUCACUGCCAUGUCGAUUAGUGAGCAGGAGCACAUACUCUAUGGUGAUCAGCUGUUGGAUUACUUUAUGACAGUUGGAGACGCGCCCGAAGCAACACGGAUUCCGCCUCCGCAACCUCCAGCCAAUUUUCAAGUGGAUCGUCCAAUUGACGAUUCAGGCAAUACCGCUCUUCAUUGGGCCUGUGCAAUGGGGGAUUUGGAAAUUGUGAAAGAUCUAUUGCGAAGAGGCGCAAAUAUCAAGGCACUAUCAGUCCAUGAAGAAACGCCUCUGGUACGCGCUGUCUUAUUUACGAAUAAUUAUGAGAAGAGGACAUUUCCGACACUUCUGGACCUACUUCUUGACACUGUCUCGUUCAGGGACUGGUUCGGCGCCACCAUUUUCCAUCACAUAUCGGAAACUACCAGGAGUAAAGGGAAAUGGAAGAGCUCCCGAUAUUACUGUGAAGUCCUGUUGGAGAAGUUGCACAAUACCUGCUCGCAAGACGAAAUUGACCUGCUACUCUCCUGCCAAGACUCAAAUGGGGAUACAGCCGCUCUAGUUGCAGCUCGAAAUGGCGCAUUUCGCUUGGUCAAUCUGCUUCUGGGGCACUGCCCGCGAGCUGGAGAUCUGGUCAAUAAGAAAGGAGAAACGGCCACAAGCAUUGCCCAGAGAGCGCAUCCCCCCGAGCGCGAUAUUCCUCCCCCGCCAUCUUCAAUAACAAUGGGGAUUGAUCACACAGAAGGCGAUCUCACUCUCCUGGAAAACCCGGACCAAACCGUUGCUCUUCCGUCCGAAGCUUCCCCUGCCACCUCGGCCUUACUUGCCAAGAUUAGUGCCAUCAUCGCCGAAACUAAUAAGAAGCUCGCGACUUGUUACGGGCGUACAAAGUCUAAUGAACCAGACUCAGAUGACGUCGCGAAUCCCGAAGCUUUGUACGAGCAGUUGGAGCUGGAUCGGCAGAAGAUCCAGAAGCAGACUGCCGCCUUGGAAGCCAAAGAGAGCGAAGGAGAGCCGGUUGAGGCACAGAUUGAACGAUAUGAGCGACUCAGAAGCACUUAUGAAUCUCUUUUGGAACAAAUUCAACGAGUUCGCCUGAAAGAGCGACUAACAUCAAUGCCUCCACCGGCAAAAGAGAACAUGAUGCCCUCCUCGAGUGAACAGAACCAAUUAUUAAUCACUUACCAACUGGCGCGACAACUAUGCUCCCUACAGAAAGCGCGCCGUGCAGCUGUCAGGGAUCUAGCCCAGCAGACCGCCGAUGCGGGAGUAAGCACUAAAUUCGACGUGCAUCGAAGGCUCGUCGCUCUUGCAACGGGCCUAAAGGAGGAAGAGUUAGACCCCAUGGCUGCGGAGUUGGCUGAGACGUUGGAGUUUGACCGAAUGAAUGGAAGGGGGCCGGGCGGCGAAUCACCUGAGCCAGUGCAAAAGCGUUUCCCUUCUCAAAAGGAACCAUCGUCGCUCCCGUUCUCUGGUCCAACAGUAUCUGUGGACGCCUGA